UCCCUAAUCACCACACAACUUCCGGAUAAUACAGUGACGCAAUCAUCUGAAACUAAAAGUGGAAUUUAACUUGGCAACUUGAGUAAAUAGGUGGCGUUCUACAUAGCUAGGUAGAUAACUCUACCCACGACACAGAGGAUUUGUUUGAUGAAAGCAAGGAGGCAAGGGGGUCGGCUACUUUCGUGACCUCACUCUACAUCCUGAAACAAUGGCUAGCGCUGCCCCUCCACCAGCAGCUGCCUCGACUGCCACUGAGAACCCCAUCCCCGGCUCCAGCAGCUCGACAGCGGGGGAGGGUGGUAACCAGGACAGCACAUUCGAAUGCAACAUCUGCCUGGACACCUCCAAGGAUGCAGUGAUCAGUCUGUGUGGGCAUCUCUUUUGUUGGCCCUGCUUACAUCAGUGGUUGGAGACCAGACCUAACAGACAAGUGUGUCCAGUAUGCAAAGCAGGCAUCAGUCGAGAGAAAGUCAUCCCACUAUAUGGCAGGGGAAGUACGGGCCAACAGGACCCAAGGGAGCGAACGCCUCCUCGACCACAAGGACAGAGGCCAGAGCCUGAAAAUCGUGGUGGAUUUCAGGGUUUUGGUUUUGGAGAUGGAGGAUUCCAGAUGUCUUUUGGCAUUGGUGCCUUUCCAUUUGGCAUUUUUGCUACAGCUUUUAACAUCAAUGAUGGAAGACCACCCCCAGCUGCCCCUGGAACCCCUCAGCACAUGGAUGAACAGUUCCUGUCUCGACUCUUUCUAUUUGUUGCUCUGGUGAUCAUGUUUUGGCUGCUAAUCGCAUAAAUGUCUGAGCAGCCAGGACGAAGGCUCAAGUUGGACAGUUGUUUGCAGAUACUUGUUUGAUUUUUGUCCUUUUCCACAUUUAAGUAUUGUCCUCUAGACUUGACAAGCUAUUGAUUUAAUUUCAGUAAUCAAUAUCACUACUGUUUGAUUACACCUGUACUAUGAAUCCUACCGAAGUCUGAAAUAGUUUUUUUUGUUCGAACAAUGGCCCUGCCUCUCAUUUCCAUCAA